AUGGUGGGUUGUGUCCUUGGUUCAACCUUUAAAGCCACGGCAAAGAGAGAAAGAAAGAGAGCGGUGAGAGAAAGAUUGCGUGAAGCAAACAUACAUGCGGUGAGUGACGAUAUAAACUUCCAACCGCCGCAGUUUCGACCACCCCUAUUGGGGUUGGAGAAGCUUGUUGGAAGGGAGGAAAACUCUGUAGAUAGGUUAAGAUGGAAUAUAACUAGUUUAUCUUUUGUUAAUGUUUGGGAGGACCCUUGGGUUCCAUCUCUUCCAGGUUUUAGAUUAUCUUCUUCUAGACCACCAGAUAGCCCUAUUAUUUAUGUGGCAGACCUUAUUGAUGCAUCUUCUAAUCAAUGGAAUAGGCCACUUUUAUUCUUAAAUUUUAAUUCUGAGGAUUGCAAGGCCAUUUUGAAAAUCCCUGUGGGUGGUAUUGGCAGAGAAGCUCAAAGAAUUUGGCAUUUUUCGAAAGAUGGGAGAUUAACUGUUAAAUCUGCUUAUUUCAUUCUUAAAAGGCUCCAAACGACUAUUUUUUAUGGUAAGCAUCCUGAUCCUAUUUUAUCUGUGAGAAAAGCUCAUAAUGAUUUUGAAGAGGUGCAACACUUAGCAUUUCUUCAACAACAUUCUCUGCUUACACCAGUUGAUUCAAGUAGAAGUUGUGAAUUUUGGGUUCCACCCCCUACAGGUGUGGUUAAAAUAAAUUGUGAUGCCUCUUUUGACUCUAAAUCAGGAAGAGCAGGAAUUAGUGUUCUGGUAAGGAAUUCUCACGGUCUUCUAGUGGAUGGAAUAGCUUUUUCUAUGUGGUCUCUGUCUCCUCUUACUGCAGAAGGAGAGGUUGUGCAUCAAGCAUUGAUACUUGCCAUUGCCAAGAAUUACAAUCAAGCUUAUGUGGAAACAGAUUCCUUGCAAUUGGCUCAACUUUUCUCUUCACAAUCCACUCCUGUAUGGGAGUUAGACGCCAUUAGUCAAGACAUUUGA